GAGAAAACUCGAAAGACGACAGGAAUCCAAGGAUUGCCUAGAUGAUAAUUUACAAGUACACACUUUAGAUUACCUUAUUGAUGUUAAGAUAACAAAACAAGUAUGUAUUAAAAAUCAGUCAAACCUUUGGACAUUCUGCUAAUAUAUAAAUCAUUUGAUAAUGCAUAAGAAUAGGAAAAAAUUGAAAUAUGUUUAUGACUAAAGUUUUAUAUUUGUGGUGAUGUUAAAAUGUAUUAUUAAAUAUGUUAAAAUUAUUUCAUUUUUUCCCCUUUGAGAGGUAAAGCCUAAUACUUCUCCCCUUGAAUAUGGGCUAGACUUAUGAGCACAUUUCUAAUGAACAGAGAAAGUGGAUGUGGAUGUGACAAUGUGUAUGUUGGAAGACUAGACAAUAUCAGAGAUGAACAUGAUGGUGAAAAAAAAUAAAAGAAGAAAGCUAGUUAAUAAAAGGCACCAUUGUUUCCUCCUCUUCCUCCUCCUCCACCUCUUUAACUCUCUCUCCCUCUCUCUGAUCAACAGCUCUAGCAAAAGCCAGCUGCUAUGCGGUGCGGACUUUCAGGCAGCUUUGCAGGGAGAUACAUGUGGCAAGGAACUGACAGGCCUUCAGCCAAAGGCACAUGACUGAGUCAUCUUGGAAGUGAACCCUCCACCUGCGAGAUGACUGUAGCCCUGGCUGACAUCUUGACUGCAACCUGCAAGCCUUUAGGAGGCUCCAGAAACCAGCAGUAACCCAGGCCAGUGCAAAACCAAGAACAGCUGCAUUCGAAUGGGGGCUACCUGAGGGACUGGAUUGUGUGUUGUAUGACGUGGAGUGCUGACAGAAAAUCCACCUACUUUGAAUAACUGGGGGCCACGGAGAACAGAGAGUUCAAUAUCUUGUUGCAGUACCAGAGAGCCUGUGUGCAGGCAGACACCAGAAGGAGCAAGAGAUUAUGAGAUUCUGAAAAAGUGGCAAACCUCUGGAACUGGAAAAUUACAUGCACAAGACCAGAGAAGAUGUAUCCCCACAAAGGGAAAGAGAACAACCACCACGUUUUGCUCAACCUGGGACAUUUGAAUUUGAGUAUGCAUCUCGAUGGAAGGCUCUUGAUGAAAUGGAAAAGCAGCAGCGUGAGCAGGUUGAUAGAAACAUCAGAGAAGCCAAAGAGAAACUGGAGGCAGAAAUGGAAGCAGCUAGGCAUGAACACCAAUUAAUGCUAAUGAGGCAAGAUCUAAUGAGGCAUCAAGAAGAACUCAGAUGCUUGGAAGAACUCAGAAAUCAAGAGUUGCAGAGGGUGGAGCCAAGAUGGCCGAAUAGGAACAGCUCCAUUCUACAGCUCCCAGCAUGAGCGACGCAGAAGACGAAUGAUUUCUGCAUUUCCAACUGAGCAAUACGUUGAAAUUCUUGUUGCAUCGCAUCUUGGCCAGCAUUUGUUUUUGUCAGUGUUUCGGAUCGUCACCAUUCUAAGAGAACAGGAAAUGAGAAUGGGUGAUAUGGGUCCCCGUGGAGCAAUAAACAUGGGAGAUGCGUUUAGCCCAGCCCCUGCUGGUAACCAAGGUCCUCCUCCAGUGAUGGGUAUGAAUAUGAACAACAGAGCAACUAUACCUGGCCCACCAAUGGGUCCUGGUCCUGCCAUGGGACCAGAAGGAGCCGCAAAUAUGGGAACUCCAAUGAUGCCAGAUAAUGGAGCAGUGCACAAUGACAGAUUUCCUCAAGGACCGCCAUCUCAGAUGGGUUCACCUAUGGGGAGUAGAACAGGUUCUGAAACCCCUCAAGCACCAAUGACUGGUGUAGGUCCUGUGAGUGGUGGUCCUGGUGGCUUUGGUAGAGGAAGUCAAGGGGGCAACUUUGAAGGCCCUAAUAAGCGUCGUAGAUAUUAAACGUUCGUUCAUUCCUGGCUAUCUAGAAAAAAAAAAAAGUCAGUGGUAUGCCUUUAUACUUUUACCUGUUAUCUGGAAGAAAUGGUUUUAUUGUUAAUGUAUGUAGACUUAAAAGUUUUUUUUUUGUAAAACUUGAGGUUUUUGUAUUUUUCUUUAUUCGUGAGCUUUGUAGAUUAGAAUGGUAAUGAUGCUCAUCAUUUUGAAUGUUGAAAUGUGUUUGUGACUUUAGCUAAAUAUAAGUAUUCCAUAGUACUGUGAAAUCUAUGUAGUUACUUAAUCUCAAUAAAGAAAUCAUUUUGGAUAAUUUAAA